AUGAUCUCGAGCACGAUCGUGCCGGCCACCCUGGUGGACAGCGGCGCCUCCGUGGCGGUGGCAGGGCGCGGAUGGCUGGAUAAGAUCGCCGCGGAGCUCGAGAAGUGCGGUCUGAGGCCCAUCAUCGUCGAGGCGAGCCAGAAGUUCAAGGGACUUGGCGGCGCGCGACGUGAGGCGAAGCAGAAGUGGAUCAUCCCGAUCGGUAUUGGCAAGAAGCACGUCCUGCAAGAGUAUUUCGAGAUCCCAGGCGACAUGAUCGGCCUGACGAGCAAGAAGAACCUGGCGGACUGGAAGACGAAACUGCGCCUGCGCGAGGACGGCCAGUGGGCCGACUUACAGGAGCUCGGGGUGCACGACAAGGAGCUCGUGAAGCUUCCCGGCGGCCGCGCGGGCAUCGACAUCUUCUACUGCGACUUGGAGUCGUGCGAGGCGGAGCCCCUCUUCGAGAAGUUCCGCAUCCACGUCGAGAAAGUCGAGCCGGAGGUUUUCUUGGUCGCGGAGACGCUGCAGGUGACCAAGCCAGACUUCAGGGUCCAGGACGACGCCGAUCGGUGGGUCCAGAAUGCAACGAAAAACGGUAGCAAGGGGAUCUUCAAGAAGGGUGCGCUCAAGCGGAUCGACAAGCUUAUGAUGGAGUAUGCGGUUAUAUUCGAUGUACUGCGGGACAACAACGAGACGUUUCUCUGGGAGUUGUUCGCGAAGGAGGGCAUGGGCGACAGGGUGGACGACCUCAUCCAGGACUGUCGGCCACUGAUCGACUUUUCGGCGGAGGUGCUCAAGAUUCAGGCUCAGGGGGGACGGAUCGGCAUCGGCGAGAACCCCAGCCGGGCGUGGCGUGAAGCCUCGAUCGUAGACUUGCUGAGCUGGCGCGGGAACCAGCCGCCACUCUACGAGACGGUCACGCUACACCAGUGCAUGUACGGGCUCGUGGACAACUACGGCGACCCGAUUCGCAAGCCGACGUGCGACGGGGGCCACCAGCGCGCCGACAUGGUCGGGCGGAGUACGGCGCUGGCACAAGCGGGCGCCUGGCCGGACGACCUGGGCAAGGCUCUGGCGGGCGCCGGCACGCACGAGCUGGUACGACGGACAAGCCCGAAGGAGAUGGGCAUCGGCAGCGGCGCGGCGAGGCCCCCGAGCAAGCAGAUCGCGAAUGCAGUGGCCAAGGCGUUCAAGCUAAGGAAAGAUCUGAUCGACGUGCGCGCGUUGGCGGGUGACGAGGAGGUUCCGCCCCCUCGCGGGGCAGCGCGGCGACUCUGCGCGAUGUACUCCAGCGAGGGCGCACUGGCGGACUACAGCGACGCCUACGCGGGCGACCCGGGCUUCGGGGCGAUCAAGCUGGUCAAGCGGUUCCCCACCGACACGGUGAUCGCAGCUUACGUGAAGGAGCCGAAGGUGCAGACGUCCUUCCCUGCGACGGUGCGCAUCUACGGGAGCAAGCCCAAGACCUUUGCUCCAGAUGAUCGUGAAGCUGACACGGCACAUCGAGACCUACAACAUGAGGGCGAGAGUUUCGGGGAUAAGCCUUCGGACAUCGCCGCGGCCCAGUGGGGCGCUCUCAAGAAGCCCCACCUCAACCUGAGCCACCCCUCCGCUCACGCACUGAAGCGUCGGCUGAAGUCCUACGGAGCGUCGCAGCAAGUGCUGGAUGCGGUUGACAAGCUGGACUGCGGCGUGUGCAAGGAGCUCGGCAGGCCGACUACGGUGAGAAGCUCUAACCUGAAGCUCUCGACGGAAUUCAAUGAGAACGUGUUUCUAGACGAAGCCGAGGUGAUUCUAGCAGACGGGACCCGACUGAUGGUUAAGGUGAUUCUGGACGACGCGUCGGAUUUCCGGGUGAUCAUCCCUACUACUGCAGCGAGGUCCAUCACAGGUGAAGAGAGCCUGCGAUGCUUUUCGCAAGGCUGGCUAUCGUGGGCUGAACCACCCAAGGUGCUGUACUACGACGCGGCCAAGGGUCACAUCGCGAAGCGGUUCGCAGAGAUCGGAGAGAAGUACACUAUCCUGAUGAGGCCGGCCCCAGCAGAGGCGCCCCAGCUCAAGGGUCGAGUGGAGCGCGCGAUCGACUUCUUCAAGGACCACUUCCAGCGCCUGAACCGCGACGUGCAGCUCACCAAGGACGACGAUCCGCAUGUGUGGACAUCGGUGAUAGCGAGCACGUGCAACAACCACAUUCGGAGGAACGGCUUCACCCCCUACCAAUACGUGCUGGGCAGGUCGCCUGGCAUCCCGGCCUCGCUGACCGAGGCGAUGGAGGGCGACCAGAGGCAGCUGGCAUCACAGAGCGCAGCUCUCUUCGAGGAGGGCCCGAGGAGAGCAGAGCAGAUACGUGCGGCGGCGAACCGGGCGUUCUUCGAGCUGGGCAGCGAUGACGUCGUCAGGAGGGCCAUGGUUGGCCGAGUUCGUCCACCGCGUGGACCAUUCGUGCCGGGCCAGCUGGUGUUCUACUUGCGCGAGGUGAAGCACGUGAAGUCGAAGAGGCUCCAGGGCGAGCACGGUUGGCGUGGGCCAGCGAUCGUGUUGGUGACCGAAGGCCACGCGAGGCUGCACCUCAGCUACCGAGGGGUGCCGGUGCUCGCGACGCCAGAGCAGGUGCGACACGCCUCCCGCAGCGAGGCGGAGAUGGUGGAGAACGAGGACUUGGUCAGGCAGCUCUCUCACUGGCGUGGUGGACCUACGCCACAGAAGGGGUUCAUCGAUCAGCGUGGACCUGGGCCAGAUGGGAGCGACAAGACGGGCGUGCGCCGCGAGAGGGGCGAGAAGGACCCGGACCACGAGGACGGCGUGAGAACGUACCUGCACUUGGAGACCUACCUGAAGUACCACCACUACCGGGAGGAGGACCGUCUCCUCCAGAGCAAGCUACAGACCCACCUGCUGCGGCAGCUGGGCAGGGGCACUCCAUGGACCUGGACGCGGUGGCUGCGCCAGGUAUUCCGCAUCAACAGCAACCAGAGCGAGCUGAGCAACCAGAACCUGCACCGCGACUCAGUUACAAGCGAACGCUUCCCGACGACCAGGAGGCAGAUCGCGAACGCCUACGACUACGACGCGAGGACCGAGACGACGAAGAAGCAGGUCACUCCCAAGAAGGGUCGGGAGAUCCGCAGCAUUCCCCAGGAGUGGAAGGCGGCUUUCGACGCGAGCGACCUGGAGGAGUGGCGCAAGUGGGUCGAGUACGACGCAGUGGACUGGCCGACCGAGGAGGAGCUCGCGGGGGUGGACAAGACGGCGAUCCUGCCCAUGAGGCGCGUUCGCACGUACAAGAACGCAGCGACGAGGGGCAACCUGUCGUGCGAGCAGCACCCGCUCAAGGCGAAGUCUCGGAACAUCGUUCCAGGAUACAAGGGCAAGCAGCUGCUUGCUGGCGAGUUGCAGACCAACGCCCCCGCUCUGACGGACACGGCCACGGCGGUGAUCCUGCAGGAGGCCGCUAGCCAGUUGGGCUGGAGGCUGGAACAGGGCGGCGUCGACUCGGCAUUUCUGAACGGGAAGUACCUCGACAGCUCUCGACGCGUAUACUUCCGCGCGCCGAAGGGUGGCCUGCCAGCUGUACCGGAGUUGGGCUGGCCAGCCAUUCCAGAAGGUACGGUGCUGAGAGCGAAGAAGGGGAUCUACGGGCUGAAUGAUGCACCUCUGUUGUGGUACGAGGAGCAUCGCGACACAAUGCUGUCGUUUCUAGGAGCGUCGAGAUCGAAGUUGUGCCCGGCUGUCUUCAUCUUCCAAGACGAGAAUGAGAAGCUGAUCGGCCUGAUCGGGGCGCGCGUGGACGACGAUUUGGUAGCGGGCUCGCCCGAGUUCUUCGCUAACCAGGUGACCAAGCUGAGGAAGAUGCACUGCUACGGCAAGUGGCAGACGACGAAGACCGGCUUCCACCACUGCGGGAGAUUCCCCAAGCAGAGAGAUGACGGCACCAUCACCUGCAGCCAGAGGGAGUACACCGAGAGCAUCGAGAAUAUUCCGAUCUCCAACGAGCGUCGCAAGGACAAGGAAGCGCAGGCUACACCCGAGGAGAGGGCGAUGCUCCACAGCGGCAACGGCCAGAUCCAGUGGCUGGUGCGAUCUACCCGUAUGGACUUGGCAUUCCGACUGGUGGAGAGUCAAGCGAGGGCCCACGACAGCGACCUGAAGGUUCAGGAUCUGUUGGACUUCAACAAGCUGGUGAGCGAUGCCAAGACGGACCACGUGGACAUCACUUUCCAGAAGAUCAACAUAGACGACGCGAUCGUGGUUGCGGUUGGAGACUCGAGCCACGGCAACGUGGGCAAGACGAAGACCGCGAGUCAGGCGGGCCUGGUCAUCCUGCUAGCAGACAAGGACGAUCAGUUCCUCCGCGGGAUGCCUGCCAAGGUCACUCCCAUGUUGUGGCGGUCGCACCGUAUCAAGCGGGUGGUGCGCAGUACCCUGGCGGCCGAGACGAUGGCGGCGCUGGAGGCGGUCGAGAGUGGCGACAUGCUGAGGCAGCACCUGGUGGAGCUGCACUAUGGACUCGGCUACCGGACCCAAAUGGACGACGUGACGGCGAUCAAGAUGGUGGAAGUCACGGACUGUAAGUCACUGUGCGACCUGCUCCAGAAGCGAGGGACGGUGCCCUCCGAGAAGCGGCUACUGAUCGAUAUCGAAUCGCUCAGGAACGACCUGGAGUUCAACAACGUGGUGAGCAAGUGGGUGAGCACGAAGCAGAUGCUCGCCGACUGCCUAACCAAGCACGACGUCCGCGCUGGCGACUACAUGAGGUAUGUGCUCCAGACCGGCGAGUGCCGGCUGACGGAGGAUCUCAUGGCGGACCAGGUCAUCGCCAAGCAGAGGAUGGAGCUCAAGGGGCACCUUUGCGCGGUACUUCUGGCCAGCAGGUUCGCAGAGAUCGGAGAGAAGUACACUAUCCUGAUGAGGCCGGCCCCAGCAGAGGCGCCCCAGCUCAAGGGUCGAGUGGAGCGCGCGAUCGACUUCUUCAAGGACCACUUCCAGCGCCUGAACCGCGACGUGCAGCUCACCAAGGACGACGAUCCGCAUGCGUGGACAUCGGUGAUAGCGAGCACGUGCAACAACCACAUUCGGAGGAACGGCUUCACCCCCUACCAAUACGUGCUGGGCAGGUCGCCUGGCAUCCCGGCCUCGCUGACCGAGGCGAUGGAGGGCGACCAGAGGCAGCUGGCAUCACAGAGCGCAGCUCUCUUCGAGGAGGGCCCGAGGAGAGCAGAGCAGAUACGUGCGGCGGCGAACCGGGCGUUCUUCGAGCUGGGCAGCGAUGACGUCGUCAGGAGGGCCAUGGUUGGCCGAGUUCGUCCACCGCGUGGACCAUUCGUGCCGGGCCAGCUGGUGUUCUACUGGCGCGAGGUGAAGCACGUGAAGUCGAAGAGGCUCCAGGGCGAGCACGGUUGGCGUGGGCCAGCGAUCGUGUUGGUGACCGAAGGCCACACGAGGCUGCACCUCAGCUACCGAGGGGUGCCGGUGCUCGCGACGCCAGAGCAGGUGCGACACGCCUCCCGCAGCGAGGCGGAGAUGGUGGAGAACGAGGACUUGGUCAGGCAGCUCUCUCACUGGCGUGGUGGACCUACGCCACAGAAGGGGUUCAUCGAUCAGCGUGGACCUGGGCCAGAUGGGAGCGACAAGACGGGCGUGCGCCGCGAGAGGGACGAGAAGGACCCGGACCACGAGGACGGCGUGAGAACGUACCUGCACUUGGAGACCUACCUGAAGUACCACCACUACCGGGAGGAGGACCGUCUCCUCCAGAGCAAGCUACAGACCCACCUGCUGCGGCAGCUGGGCAGGGGCACUCCAUGGACCUGGACGCGGUGGCUGCGCCAGGUAUUCCGCAUCAACAGCAACCAGAGCGAGCUGAGCAACCAGAACCUGCACCGCGACUCAGUUACAAGCGAACGCUUCCCGACGACCAGGAGGCAGAUCGCGAACGCCUACGACUACGACGCGAGGACCGAGACGACGAAGAAGCAGGUCACUCCCAAGAAGGGUCGGGAGAUCCGCAGCAUUCCCCAGGAGUGGAAGGCGGCUUUCGACGCGAGCGACCUGGAGGAGUGGCGCAAGUGGGUCGAGUACGACGCAGUGGACUGGCCGACCGAGGAGGAGCUCGCGGGGGUGGACAAGACGGCGAUCCUGCCCAUGAGGCGCGUUCGCACGUACAAGAACGCAGCGACGAGGGGCAACCUGUCGUGCGAGCAGCACCCGCUCAAGGCGAAGUCUCGGAACAUCGUUCCAGGAUACAAGGGCAAGCAGCUGCUUGCUGGCGAGUUGCAGACCAACGCCCCCGCUCUGACGGACACGGCCACGGCGGUGAUCCUGCAGGAGGCCGCAAGCCAGUUGGGCUGGAGGCUGGAACAGGGCGGCGUCGACUCGGCAUUUCUGAACGGGAAGUACCUCGACAGCUCUCGACGCGUAUACUUCCGCGCGCCGAAGGGUGGCCUGCCAGCUGUACCGGAGUUGGGCUGGCCAGCCAUUCCAGAAGGUACGGUGCUGAGAGCGAAGACGGGGAUCUACGGGCUGAAUGAUGCACCUCUGUUGUGGUACGAGGAGCAUCGCGACACAAUGCUGUCGUUUCUAGGAGCGUCGAGAUCGAAGUUGUGCCCGGCUGUCUUCAUCUUCCAAGACGAGAAUGAGAAGCUGAUCGGCCUGAUCGGGGCGCGCGUGGACGACGAUUUGGUAGCGGGCUCGCCCGAGUUCUUCGCUAACCAGGUGACCAAGCUGAGGAAGAUGCACUGCUACGGCAAGUGGCAGACGACGAAGACCGGCUUCCACCACUGCGGGAGAUUCCCCAAGCAGAGAGAUGACGGCACCAUCACCUGCAGCCAGAGGGAGUACACCGAGAGCAUCGAGAAUAUUCCGAUCUCCAACGAGCGUCGCAAGGACAAGGAAGCGCAGGCUACACCCGAGGAGAGGGCGAUGCUCCACAGCGGCAACGGCCAGAUCCAGUGGCUGGUGCGAUCUACCCGUAUGGACUUGGCAUUCCGACUGGUGGAGAGUCAAGCGAGGGCCCACGACAGCGACCUGAAGGUUCAGGAUCUGUUGGACUUCAACAAGCUGGUGAGCGAUGCCAAGACGGACCACGUGGACAUCACUUUCCAGAAGAUCAACAUAGACGACGCGAUCGUGGUUGCGGUUGGAGACUCGAGCCACGGCAACGUGGGCAAGACGAAGACCGCGAGUCAGGCGGGCCUGGUCAUCCUGCUAGCAGACAAGGACGAUCAGUUCCUCCGCGGGAUGCCUGCCAAGGUCACUCCCAUGUUGUGGCGGUCGCACCGUAUCAAGCGGGUGGUGCGCAGUACCCUGGCGGCCGAGACGAUGGCGGCGCUGGAGGCGGUCGAGAGUGGCGACAUGCUGAGGCAGCACCUGGUGGAGCUGCACUAUGGACUCGGCUACCGGACCCAAAUGGACGACGUGACGGCGAUCAAGAUGGUGGAAGUCACGGACUGUAAGUCACUGUGCGACCUGCUCCAGAAGCGAGGGACGGUGCCCUCCGAGAAGCGGCUACUGAUCGAUAUCGAAUCGCUCAGGAACGACCUGGAGUUCAACAACGUGGUGAGCAAGUGGGUGAGCACGAAGCAGAUGCUCGCCGACUGCCUAACCAAGCACGACGUCCGCGCUGGCGACUACAUGAGGUAUGUGCUCCAGACCGGCGAGUGCCGGCUGACGGAGGAUCUCAUGGCGGACCAGGUCAUCGCCAAGCAGAGGAUGGAGCUCAAGGGACGCAGGGGUGAAUUUUACCGCUCGAAGUAUCCCGAGAGGCAGCGGCCUGCUGACCAGCUCUUCGUUCACGAAGGCUACACCUACUUCGAGGAGUGCAUUGCGGAUGUGAGGUGCAAUGCGCGCGUGGCUCAGCCUGCUCCGAAGCCGUACCUCCGUUGGCGGAUGAUGCUUGGACAGCGCGAGGACGACAUCUACUACGAGAAGCUCGAGGUGCGGAAACUGCUGACGAUCUACGCACCGACCAAGGCGGCGCUCGAGAGCUACGAGAAGGACUUCACGGAGAAGCACACCAUCAAGAAGCCGAAGGUGACGAUCGAUGAAGACCCCAAGGAGGAGCCAGGUGACACUGAGGAGUUGAGUGCGUACGUUGAGUCGAACGGGAACGUGAAGGAGGAUAACACCGACGUUGCGGAGAUCUACAUGAUGGACGCUGCGGGUGCCGAGUCCGAGGAGAUCAAGUCAGGCGCCGCUGCAGCGGCAGCGGUGACGGUAUGUGCGUUGUGUCGGAUGACGCUGGGCCAGUGCGAGUGCGGACCGGGGGCACGCAAGAAGCCCCAUCGGGCGUCUACCUCGACGCGUGCCGACGACCUGCCUGCUGUACCGGGUGACGAAGAUGAUGGCGAUGAGGAGGCAGGGGCCUGGCAGAAGGUGCCGCGCCAACGCAAGGAGUCUACGACCCCGACGAAGAAAGAGACGCUGAAGGCUCGCGCGCUACACGAGAGAACCGGACACUCAUCGUACGAGACGAUCGCGGACGAGUUCGGCGACGUGAUCGAGGAAGGUGUUCUCGAGGCGUACGAGCUGGUGGUCAAGAACUGCGACGAGUGUCGUCGAGGAAAGAAGACCUACGCCUCCGUGCAGCGGGGAGCCAAGAGCAGCGAGUUCGAGACGCACGAAUCCACGAGCAAGGCCAAGGGCAAGCCCAAGGGCAAGCAGACGGCACGAGAACGCAUAGGCGACUGCGAGCACAAUGUGACGACUACACAAGGAAGCAACCAGUCCAAAAACAAGCUCCGGUGCCUGCAGUGCGGCAUGCUGCUGGUGGGCACGGACACGACGUGGUGGAAGCGAGAGAAGGAGUACCGCGAGAUCGAGAAGACCUUGCGGACCAGCAAGGAGAAGGAUAUCAAAGUCGAGAUGAAGGCCAUCCGCCUCCGUGACAUGUACGAGAGGAUGGAGGCCAGUGAGUCGAGCAAGGGUGCGAGCUCGACGGAUACGUGA